AUGGUCCUCACACCGGGAGAUAUUCCUCUGGGGACCGGACCACCCACCCGGGAGGAAUUACUCAUCUAUUACCCUGCGAAAUUUACCUGGAAGCAGUUAAAGACGUUCGUCAAUUCGGGUGAUCUACGGCUGCUCCAGCGCGACAAGAAACUGCAUCUUAGAUUCUCAGAAUAUAUGAAAGGUAUUCAAGCGCAGUAUGGGUCCACGGUGAACUAUCUUCUCACCAAGCGUUUGCGGUGGGGAGAACCUGAUAGGCAGUCGCGCCUUUGCUCUCUGCUAGACGAAGAUCAUUCUGUACUCGAUGGACUGGACAGCGAUUGUAACGAGACCUCCACCGAGCUUCCGCCCAUUUCCGCCGACGCGCCCCAUCAUUUCACCGCGGAUACUCCCCCGGAGCUGAUCAGUAUCAUUAUGAACGAUUGGCCGUACUCCGUACCUCCGGAGGUCGAGCACAUUCUCAUCUGGACGCGUCUUCCCCUCCUUCGUCCAUCGAUCCCGCCCUCCAUUGCGUCUCACCUACUAGAAUACGGAUUAUGGGGCUUCACGGGCAACACCGAGCCCCCGCCCUCACCGAGCACGCUCCCAGAGUGUCUGCCUGCGCUUGCAGAUUGGAACUUCACUCCAGACAACAUUGUGCAUCCUCCUCCGAGGACGGAAAAAGAAGAAGCUCUUCUGCGUGAGACGAUAGAUGAAAUCUCGGAGUUUGUGCGACGGAAGUGGAAGGAAGCUGAGUGGGAGACGGCAUGGUUCGUGAAUCCCUCGAGAUGGCAGAGUGUUCCGGGUUUGGCACAUAUACACGUCCUUGCAAAGCAUAAGCCCUCCGAGGAGAUAAAUUCCUCUGACAAAAUCUCACGCAAAUAUAUCUAA